AAAAAAAAAAAAAAAAAAAAAAAAAAAAAAAGGAGAAAAGAAGAAGAACAAGAACAAGAUGGGAUUUUGAGCUCUGGAUUUGUUGGGCUUCUGCAUUUCAGAUAGGAAAAAGGUUGGGAGGAGAAAGAAAAAGAAAAAAAAAAAGAGGGGGAUUUUUUGCUUCUUGGUGAAGUGAUUUUGCUAUAACCAUUGUUGUGGAUCAGUGGAUUUGAAACAGUUUCCAACAUAUCAAAGCUUCAACAUCUUUCUGAGGGUAAACUAAACAAAGGAAGCAGCAAAAAUCCCUCCUUUUUGAGCUCCUUCGGAUUCCGAAGAGCUGUCGAAUUCGCGGAAAAAUGGAGAGACAGUCGAGUUUGCGGCUCGGAGUAUUGGAUAAGCUGCAGAGCUUCAGAAUGGGCUCCAUGGAAAAGCAGAAAAGCUUCCGGUCGCGGACGAUGGAUAAGCAGCAGAGCUUCAGGGAGAGGAAGAACAAAGAGAGCCCCGGAAAGCGGGGAGACACCGAACUGCACCUCGCGGCGAGGGCCGGAAACGCAGUCCAUGUGCAGAAGAUUCUUUCGGAAUGCAGCGAGGAUUCGUUGAAGGAAUUGGUCUCCAAGCAGAAUCUGGACGGCGAGACCGCCUUGUACGUCGCGGCCGAGAAGGGGCAUGUGGAGGUUGUGCAUGAGAUUUUGCAGGUUUCGGAUGUUCAAUCCGCGGCCGUCAAGGCUAAUAACAGCUUCGACGCCUUCCAUAUCGCCGCCAAGCAGGGGCAUCUCGAAGUUUCAAAGGAGCUCCUGUACUCGUUUCCGGCGCUGGCCAUGACCACGAAUUCGCUGAAUUCCACCGCCCUCGACACCGCCGCCACGCAAGGCCACAUCGAUAUCGUCAAUCUUCUGUUGGAAACCGACGCAAGCCUCGCCAAGAUCGCGAGAAAUAAUGGGAAGACUGUUCUGCACACGGCGGCGAGAAUGGGCCACGUAGAAGUGGUGAAGUCUUUGCUAAACAAGGACCCGAGUAUCGGCCUGAGGACGGAUAAGAAGGGGCAAACGGCGUUCCAUAUGGCCGUGAAGGGCCAAAACGUCGACAUCGUGCUCGAAUUGCUGAAACCCGACGCCUCGAUUAUCCAUUUGGAGGACAAUAAGGGGAAUAAGCCGCUGCAUAUUGCGACCCGCAAGGGCAAUCUUAAGGUAUUGCUGGCUUUACUAGUAAUUGAGGGAAUCGACAUCAACGCGGUGAACAAAGCAGGCGAGACGGCUCUCGCCAUUGCAGAAAAAUGCGGCAACGAAGAGAUCGCCGCCAUUCUACGAGACGUCGGCGCCGUGACCGCAAAAGAAAACUCGAACCCGCCGAACCCCGCGAAGCAGCUGAAGCAGACCGUGAGCGACAUAAAGCACGACGUCCAGUCGCAGCUCAAACAGACCCGCCAGACCGAAAUGCGGGUCCAAAAGAUAAAGAAAAGGCUCCAGAAACUCCACAUCGGCGGUCUGAACAACGCCAUCAAUUCCAACACGGUUGUAGCCGUUCUCAUCGCCACGGUCGCCUUCGCUGCCAUUUUCACCGUUCCGGGCCAAUUCGUACAGGCUCCGCAGGAAGGCUACACUCUCGGACAAGCCUACAUAGCCAACAACGCGGGCUUUAUCAUAUUCUUGGUUUUCGACUCGUUGGCCCUCUUCAUCUCUCUCGCGGUCGUGGUGGUCCAAACCUCGUUGAUCGUCGUGGAGCAGAAGGCGAUGAAAAGGAUGGUGUUCGUGAUGAACAAGCUGAUGUGGCUGGCGUGUCUCUUCAUAUCGGGCGCGUUCAUUGCGCUGACGUACGUCGUGGUCGGUCAGAACGGGCUGUGGCUGGCAUGGUCUACGUUGGCGAUCGGCACCACAAUCAUGCUGGCCACGUUGGGCUCCAUGUGUUAUUGCAUCGUCGUUCACAGGAUGGAAGAGAAAAACAUGAGGAUUAUACGAAGGGCGUCGAUGAGCCAAUCGCGCUCGUGGUCGCUGUCGGUGGCGUCAGAUUCUGAGCUACUGAACAGCGAGUAUAAGAAGAUAUAUGCGCUGUAGAAUAGUCGUGUUACCGUCAUUCGACAUGUACAUAAUCAGCUCAGAAAGGCUAAAGGAAUAAAGAGUUAGCGACUACGGCGGGAGAUGGUAUACAUCUAAGCAGGGAUUUUGCUGGUGAUACAGAAACCGGAAAUUCGUAAGCGAUACGAGUCGCGAGGAAUUGUAUGGAUCUCGAGGCGGUCGAUCUCUCAUUUUCGCACCCUCGCACGGGCCAGAGCUUCUAACCAUCCUUAGAUUAUGGUUUGAUCUGAGAAAAAUUUGGCAUUUGAUAGCUCAGAAUACAUGCGAAAUAUACGCGAAAUGCGAUUUUCUAAAUUGUACCCUGCUAUUUUAAUGUUAUUAUAUAAUGUUCUAUAAGUGCUUGAGUCGAUUUAAUGAUCGAUAAAAUGGAAUUUUCUAUCUUUUAUGCUUA